CCUACACCGCAAAGCAAUUUUAGCCCUUUUUCAGAGAACAAGCGUUCCAUCGUAAAAUUGCGCUAGAAUUUGCAAAAAAAGUUGAAAUAACUUAGCCGAUCAUCUAAAGCUGUUAGAGUAACUGCCACAUCGAAGUUAAGCUAUUGAAAAGACGCGCGUGUACAGCAAACUGCAAUUUGCGUAAAGUGGGAAAACGUUGAAAGAUGUCUGGCAUUGCUAUCACACGAUUAGGCGAGGAGCGCAAGGCGUGGCGGAAAGAUCAUCCCUUUGGAUUUGUGGCCCGUCCGGCCAAGAAUCCUGAUGGCACUCUCAACCUGAUGAUCUGGGAGUGCGCCAUUCCCGGCAAGAAGUCGACCCCAUGGGAGGGAGGUUUGUACAAGCUGCGCAUGAUCUUUAAGGACGACUACCCCACCUCGCCACCGAAGUGCAAAUUUGAGCCGCCUUUGUUCCAUCCGAACGUCUAUCCAUCUGGCACCGUCUGCCUGUCACUGCUCGACGAGGAGAAGGACUGGCGUCCGGCCAUUACCAUUAAACAGAUUCUACUGGGUAUUCAGGACCUGCUCAAUGAGCCGAACAUCAAGGAUCCGGCUCAGGCGGAAGCCUACACUAUUUACUGCCAGAACCGAUUGGAGUACGAGAAGCGUGUGCGUGCCCAAGCUCGCGCCAUGGCGGCCACCGAGUAAUCCAUAGCUGAAACAGCUUCCCCACAUAGACAUUUAAUGAUCACCAAGCUCAUAUACGACCCACAAAAAGCACACACACACACAAACAAAAUAAAACAAAACAUCUAGGCGGAGAGCGUUUUCGGGAACGCUUUUCAUAUCUUUUUACUUUUUCUAAGUCGAUGUAAUUCAAAAGGAACACUAAUACCUACGAACCAAAUGCGAAUGCGAACAAUUGCAAAAACCCCCAAUUAUCAGUUACAAAAUAACGUUGUCGCAUUUAAAGCACUCUACCAUCAUUUAAAAUAUACCUUUAUAUGUUCUCUAUGCAUCAGCGAGGCUUCACCACUACACGGAUGAGUGAGUCAUGCCGGAGAAUUGGCUGCGUGGCAUGUUACUCUCCAUUCCGGCACCAGAGAACUUGAGAUGGGGAGAUCCCACGUUCACAGUGAUUCCAGUAAACGAAGUUGCAACUAUAUUUUGUCAUCUUAUUAUUUUGAAUAAAUGUAACGAAAUUAUUUGUUGAUUACAUUAAGUACAAGCUAACGUAUGUACUCCAUGAUUUCAAUAAAAGUAUAUAAGAUCUAAAACAAAA